CCUCAAAGUCUGAUCCUUCAGUGGUUUUGAAACCUCCUUCUCCCAUCAAACGCCAUCAUAAAUGGAAGAGAGGUCGGGUUAGACGUAAUAGAGAAUAUACGUCCAAGAGAGCUCAAGAAGUUGCAGAAAAAAUAAGUGCACUAGAGAAGGAGGAAAAUGAAGGAACGUUUGUUCCCCUUGGUCGUGAUGACAUCUUAACAACAGCUACUGGACGCCCUGAGCACCCUGGACGUGUACGUGGUGUUGGAGCAGGUGUUAGCAUUCGUGAAGUCUUUCCAAACACAGGACGUCAAAGACACAUGGCCCCAACUUUAACCAAGCGUGAUGUUGAUCAGAUCAAGAAAGAGAUGCAAGAUGAGAUGACAGAACAAGUGACAGAACAAGUGACCCAAAAAGUGACACAACAAGUGACACAAAAAGUGACACAACAGGUGACUGAAGAAUUGUCAAAGAUAUUUGACCAGAAACUUCGGGAUGAGCUGCAAAAGCUUGGAUUUACACAACACCAAGAACCACAAGGAGAAGCAUGCCCCAGUCCUUCUCUCGCACAUGUGAGUACAAAAGGGAGCAAUGCUCCAGUGGAUGUCUCCGAGUCUGAUGAUGAUGAUCAUGAUCAUGAGUCUGAUGAUGAUGAUCUUGAUGAUGAUCUUGAUGAUGAUCUUGAUGAUGAUGUUGAUGAUGAGCUUUCUCCCCUUUAUGUGGAUACUCCUUUUCACCUUGUAGCCAUGGGGAAGGUACACAAUUUGGGCCCUACUAUCCACCAUCAAAAAAUAGCUGCGGAUUUUGUUAGGGUGGAGGUGAUAGAGGUUAUAGAUGGAGC